AUGGCUUCGACAGCGACACCGGAUGUCGGCGCCUCCUGUAAGGCCGAACCUCGGCUUAGGACACUGUCAGAAGAUGCUCAACCUUGCUAUCCAUUAGAAGUAGAGAGUACGCUUAUGAACUUAGAUACAAAUAGUGCAACAGGUUGGGAUACCAUCCCGACCGCAUUCCUAAAAAUGGCCAAGGACAUUGUUGUUCCUAUAAUAAGUAAAAUAAUUAAUUUGAGUUUCGAACAAGGUACAUUUCCGGAGGCCUUUAAGCAGUCUAUAAUCACACCAGUAUAUAAGAGUGGAAACAGGGAUGAUAUAACAAAUUAUAGACCAAUAUCUGUUUUGACCGUACAAUCGACCUUGGGCUACUGCAUUCCUGUUUGGGGUGGAGCAGCUAAGACUAGAUUCCUUGAACUGGAAAGAGCUCAAAGAUGUUUGAUGAGGGUGAUGUACAGCAAACCAUAUAGAUUCCCUACCACUGCACUGUACGAGAUAAGCGGUCUACUUACGGAAGUACACAGUGCCAUAUAA